GGCGCUGGUUUGUUGACAGGAAGUGUGUAAAGACGGAAUCAUUACAAUCGACUCCAACUUGUCUGUGCUUGUGUUUAGCUUGACGAAUACAGUAUUUGACAUUCGUUCACCCCCUCGUCGGUGUGUGGACUUAAACUAUGCGUUUUCAGAACCAGCCGGGGCAAAGAUGCAAUGGAGGUCAAUAGUAGUUGGUCUGGUCGUCCUGAGACUGUCGCUCAGCUGUGUGCUGUGGCUAGCCUUCGGACUGGGACCUAGCCUUAGCUGGGGGUUCAACUUCCAGCUCAGCUUUAAUUUGCACAAACUGGACUUGCUAUUCCGGGAGGAAAAGGGGACCGAUCCGAGCGACCACUCGUGGUCUCAGCGAAUGCGCGACCACGAACAUGAAGAGGCGGCGACCACCUGUGCACAGCGAGCGGAGGAAGAGGAGUCGCCUCUCAGGUCGUACCUGAGCCUGUUUGACGGCAACAAGGACGAGUACGUCCGCAGAUACAGCUCCUUCCCCGACACCCUGAAAGCGAAGAUGAAGGACAUGGCCAGAGACAUGUUCUAUUUUGGAUACGACAACUACAUGAAAUAUGCUUUUCCAGAGGACGAGCUGAACCCAAUUGACUGUGAAGGGAGGGGACCAGACGUGUCCAACCCAUCAAACAUCAACAUAAACGAUGUCUUGGGAAACUACUCACUUACACUAAUUGACACUUUAGACACACUAUUGGUGCUGGGCAAUGUGACAGAGUUCCAGAGAGCUGUCAGGCUGGUUAUAGAUACCGUUUCCUUUGAUAAGGACUCAACCGUGCAAGUUUUUGAGGCAAACAUCAGGAUCUUGGGAAGCCUUAUCUCGGCUCAUAUCCUGCUGACAGACCCCAAGCAUCCGUUUGGAAAGGUGGGUGUUGAAGGAUACGAUAAUGAGCUGCUUCACCUGGCUCACGACUUGGCUGUUCGCCUGCUGCCAGCCUUCGAGAACACCAGCACAGGCAUUCCUUACCCCAGGGUGAACCUGAAGACUGGAGUUCCUCCUGACAGCAUCAAUGAGACUUGUACUGCAGGUGCGGGGUCCCUGCUGGUGGAGUUUGGGAUCCUGAGCCGCUUAAUUGGUGAUUCCACGUUUGAGUGGGUGGCCAGAAGAGCGGUCCGAGCUCUGUGGAACCUGAGGAGCAACAAAACGGGGCUGUUAGGAAACGUGGUUAAUAUCCAGACAGGCCAGUGGGUUGGCAAGCAGAGUGGUCUUGGAGCUGGCAUGGACUCCUUCUAUGAGUAUUUGCUCAAAUCGUACAUCCUGUUUGGAGAAAAAGAGGACUACAAGAUGUUCCAAGCUGCGUAUGAGAGCAUACAGAACCACCUGAGGAGAGGGAGAGAGUUCUGUAAUGAAGGAGAGGGCGACCCGCCUCUCUACGUGAACGUCAACAUGUUCAGUGGUGAGAUAAUGAACACCUGGAUUGAUUCCCUUCAGGCCUUCUUUCCUGGGCUGCAGGUGCUGAAUGGGGACGUAGAUAACGCCAUAUGCCUGCAUGCCUUCUACUACGCCAUCUGGAAGCGCUUUGGGGCUUUGCCAGAGAGGUACAACUGGCAACUGCAGGCUCCAGACGUGCUCUUCUACCCCUUAAGACCAGAGUUGGUGGAGUCAACCUAUUUACUAUACCAGGCGACCAAAAACCCUUUCUACUUGCAUGUUGGUAUGGAUAUUCUACAGAGCCUUGAGAAAAAUGCCAAAGUCAGAUGCGGUUACGCCACACUCCACCACGUCGUGGACAAAUCCAAAGAGGACCGUAUGGAGAGCUUCUUCCUCAGUGAGACAUGCAAAUACCUUUAUCUGCUAUUCGACGAGGACAACCCACUUCACAAAUCCGACAACAAGUACAUCUUCACAACAGAGGGCCACGUUGUGCCUAUAGACAACCGCUUCAGGGAGAAACAGUGGAACGACUUGUUCCCGUGUGAAGAUGGAGCUCUGGCAGAGCGAGGACCAAGCACGCUGCCACCACCCAGCAACAUCAGCAAUUGUAACAGGAUCCCAGACGAGCGACGGUACACUUUGCCACUGAAGAGUGUUUAUAUGAAGCAGAUUGACCAUAUGGUAGGACUAUUCUGAGGAGGAUGUGGUGUCAGUGGCACGAAGGGCCUCCAGUGCACAGGACCAGUGCACAUGCAGUGAGGCCGGAAGACUUCCACAGUUGAAACCCACUAAAGGAAACCUGAGAAAGCUGUUUACUUGAUUACUCACCAUAAGAAUAAAACAUGCGUAGGAGUUGCUUCCUGGUGGGUGAACAUUUAGUUAAAAAAGGUGAAGAACAAACUUUAAUGCUGCAAAAUAAGGAGUCCUAUUUUAGUGCGUUUUCGCUGGUUCAGAAUUGAGGCUGUGUAAACGAAUGUGUGUAAUUUUAGAAUAACUGGCGUGUUUCUGUGAAUUACGUGCAUGUCCAGCUAUGAGUAGGUCUGUGUCUUGCAUUUGUGUUGGGAUGGAUGCGUCUUGAACUUCCAGCUGAGCUGUGAAUCAGUAUUGCGUUCAUGGGAACAGUGCCAUCUAGCCACAUGUUUGGAAAAUGCAUAUCUUCUAAAUACUCGCGUGAUGUGAUGACUGGUGCCUCUUGGGAAUGGAUUCACUUGAUUAGAUCAGUGCAUUGACAUAAGGGCUGUGACUUAUGCACACACAGCAGAAGCCUCGUUUUAGUUUGUACUUGUCAUUCAUUCUGGCUCGCUCAAUGAUCACAAUCAACAUUGUACUAAAUGUCUGUUUUACACAAUACAGUAAGUAAAACUUAAGACAAAUCUAGAUCAUUUUUUUCAAAUCCAGCGAACAACACAAACAAUCCCAAAUGCUUUCCAACCUGUUUUAUCAUGAAGUGUUCAUCGUUCAGGCUUCUAGUUACUCAUUGUCUUAAAGGACAAACAGACGUGCCAUGAUUGUGUGUGCAUGCGUGUGUGCUCGUGUGUGAGGUUUAGGACGACUCUUGCUGUAUUAAAGUGCCUUCAAGUUUGCAUUGGUGUGUCCGGAUGCGGUACAAUACAUACUAGUGGUGGGUUACAUUGUCAAGUUUUUCUUUUUUCAGCCCACGUUGAUAUUGCACAAUACUGUCAUUCCACAUGUAUGUCCAGUUUUACACUGAUCAUGACAUAAGGCUCAUAUUUUAUGACGAAUAAGCCAUAAAAUGUAUUUUUUAUGUUGAUGAAUGAGAAUGUGGUCAUGUUUUGCAUCUGUUCUCUUACAGGCGUACUUACGUACUUAGCUUCUCCUGAUUCGGUUGUAAUUUAACACGUCUAGUGAAGAUGAAAGUGAACAGUGAACCUCAUCAUGUUGUCAUGUGGUGGAAACUCAGGGUUUAACGGACACAUUUAAUUAUCUUCUUGCUUUCACAUGUCAAAUCUUCUUGAAUAUUGUUGCCUAUAAUGUCUUAGCCUUAGGUAUUUUAUAAUACAACUGUUACAAUAUGUUAAUCUGGGGAUAAAGAAUAAUUGCACUGGACUCAAGUACAGUUGUACUGUGAAUAUCAUCGCUUUGGACAAACAGAGGAGUAAAUGUGAUUUCUGUGACGUUUGAACCAUGUGAAGCUCAAAGUUAGGCGUCUGUUCUGACUUCAGUGUGUGUGAUGUCCAGCGGAGCCUCAUUCACUACACUGGGCUCUUGUUUGGCUUUGGGAGACAACUGUUCCAUUUCUCAGGUGCAACAAAGUCGGAGAGCUACAUUUGGCAUCACACCGACCUCUUUGUCCCAGACUAUGUAUUUGUUAAACAUUUUGAGAGACGGCGUUCACAGGACUCGAGUUCAUAACACUUCUUGUUACAAUUACAGCGCUUGGUGCAAUUAGUAAAAUAUCAAAAUGUAUUGAAGAUUGUAUUAGCGCCUUUUUCAAACUGUAAUCUGCAUGUUGAUUUUGUUAUCUAUUCCAGGAAGCAGGUAGCCUGGCUAAUCCAAAGGGUAGCUAAAUCUGAACCCACCUUCAUAAAUGAGGUGGUGAAUAAUUAAUUUGUACAAAUUUAUUGUACAGAUCAGUCUUCUCAUUAACUAAUGUCAAUAAGAUCAAUUACUAUUGCUUUAAUCUGUAUAAAAUAAACAAAUGACAGAUUAUGAACAAGA